AUGGCCUUCAAUCAGCAGUCUGCCCCGUUGCCUCUGCGCCCGUUGCCUCUGCGCCCAUUGGGCCUGCCGCCCCGCCCGCGCAAGCGCCCGGCCCCUGAGCUUCCUGUGCAGGAGGAGGACCCACCAGAGGUGGCCCCGGCGGAGCUGGAUGAUACGUGGCAGUCGCUGGAGGUGCUGGACGUGGAGAUGGCGUCCCAGCUGGAACUCGGCACUGGUGGUAUCAGCAGCGACAAGGUGGUCUUGGGCACCGACUGCUCGGGGCUGGACACGUUCAAGGUCGCUUUGGACGCUGUUCUGGUCAAAGGCGGGAAGGAUGUCGUGCACGCGUUCGCGUCCGACAACCGGCUGUGGGCACGCAAGUUCAUCAAGAAGCACAACCCGGGCUUGUGCAUCGUGUGCAGCGACAUCACCAAGCGCCCCAACAAGCAAACGCCCUACGUGGACAUUUACUGCGCCUCGCUUCCGAACAAUGGCCAGUACACGGCACAGGAGCUGUCCGACGGCGUGGAUAACCCCCACGACAAGGAUAUCGUCACGAUGCACGUUCUCAACUACAUCAAGGAGAAGAGGCCCAAGGCAUUCCUGCUCGAGUCCAGGGCCCACCUCUACAGCGCGAGCAUGAAGCCAGAGAUGGCGGCGGUGCACGGCUACCUGCAGAAGAAGCUCACGACCGAGAGCGGCGACCCGAGCUACUACGUCUGGAGCGACCCGAUGGACGCGCGUUGCGAUGGUGGCCUGCCUCAGGCGUCGCAAAGGUUGUUCUUCGUUGGCAUCCUCAAGACGGCAGUGGAUCCCAGGGCCGUUUCCAACCCGUUGACCCUCUCUCAGAUGGAGGAGAAGAGCCUCGCGGACGUGCUGGACCCAUACGUCGCGCCACUCUCCAGGCCCGACUUCGACGAGCCGCCAGGCCUGAGUCCGGCCCAGCUCCGCAAUUACAAGAAGGUCAAGGACUGGCUCGAGCCCGCCAUAGACGUGAAGAUGCCGAACCCCCCCGGCAAUCAGAUCAUCAUCUCGGACUUGAGCGUCGGUCCGACGAGGGACCCCGACACUUUGCGAGGAUGCUCGAUCGGCCUGACGCCCAGCCGCCCGAACGGCUACUUCAUCUGGGGGAGGCAGCGGUUCAUGACGACUACUGAGAUGGAGUCGCUGCAGGCCAUUCCGAACGACCACUUCAAGCACGACGGCAUCAUCAGCGAGAACCAGUACAAGAAGCUCGUCGCUGAGGCGCCGCCUGCCCCGAUAGUCGGCCGCGUCUUGCGCAAGAUUUUGCUACAGGUGAAGCUCCCUCCGGCUAUCGUGGAGCCCGACCCUUGGUGCCCUUCUUCGGGCUGGGCGAAGGCGAAGGCUUAUCCUCCUGUGUUUCCCUACUUCGACUGA